GCGGGGUUAUCCACGCUUCCGGUUCCGGGGCGCGGUUAGCCGGGGGGCGACCUCUCUAGGCUGCCGGGCGGACGUCGCCUGCGUCUCGCAGCCGCCACCCUCCCCAGGAAGCGGAAACAGUAGGCGCAUGGGCAGUGGCUUGCAGCCUCGCGGGGCGGGGCCCGAGCCCUUCUGUACGUCUGGUCGGACAGCUGCGGCCCUCCGGUUGACCCUUCAGCCGCAGCGCUGUCCGGCUGGCGGCCCCGGGGAGAGUCAGCGGCCGCAGCGGACCGGGCCCCCCCACCGAGCACGUUCCCCCUCCUCAGGACCCCCGGCCUUCCGCGGGAAGACAGGUCCUGUUAGAGGGUAACCCCCGCGGUGCCGGCGUGAGCCCCGCCCGACUUCUCUGGGACGCCGACCCUCCCGCCGGCCCCCUUUGAAAGGAUCGGCCCAGUGCGGACUGGGGGGCCCAGUUCUUGUGCCCAUUUAACAGGAGAGCGCGGGAGGCACUCUGCGUCCCCGGGCCUCAGUGACCGAACCACCCGGGGCCCUGAGAAUCGAGUCCUGGGUGGCCUUGUGUGGCUGCGGUAACGCGUGGGACCCGGAGCCCCGCCAGAACCUGUGCCAGGUGGGGUCCGCCGUGGGAAGGCUGCCCAGCCCCUGCCCAGGGGGAGAGCUGUCCUCAUAAAAAGUGUUGCACUGUUUCCCGACCGAAUUUUCCACCCAGCCCAUCAAUAAGGUCAUUAUGCACCGUGGAUGCCGCACUGAGGCUGGCUUUCCGCUCCCACGGCCCCCUCUCUGGCCCUGGGGGAGGGGGAGGCAGAGCAGGGCGGUGGGGCGGCCAGGGAAGGCCGCGGGGGGCAGAGGGUGCUGCCACCGGGACAGCAUCAAGACAGCCCUGACCACGGGGCCUGGAGGUGUCGUGUGCACCUCACAUCUGCCUUGGGGAACACUGGGGGGCACGUGAGGAUGGCACACAGGUGGGGUUCUGGAAAAGGGAGGGCUGGGCAGCUGGGCAGGCCGACACACUACCCUUCCUGGUGAGUGGGGCUGGGGGUGCCCACACAGGCUGUGCCAUUGCCGGCUUGGCUGUGAGGCUGGUGGUGCUCGUCAGCCAGGACCCAUCUGGAGGGGCCGUCGCUGGGCAGAGUACAGGGCUCCGUGCAGCAGAGCUGCGGUUCAGACCCCAAGUUCUCACCCCUGACCACGACCCUGACUGCCUCUCGGAAUAGACCACCGGUCAACGGGGUAACUGACCACGUGGCGAUUGACGGUGGACUCCAAGCCCUGACGGGUGUAGCCGUGGCCACUGGCAGAGGGCGGGAGGGCGGCCACGCUCACCCCCGAGUCUGGCCCACCCAGGGCACCUCAGGCAGGAUCUGAGCGGCCACUGCAGGGCUGGCCCCUGGCCCAGGGGAGAAGCAGAAGGAGUGCCCGUCGUCCCUCGGCCCAGCACCAGCACGAGUCGGCCCGUGGGAGCCAGCCUGCUACGUCUCUGGCCCCCAGUGUCCCCCGGCGCUGGCCCGCCCUCCUCCUGGGGAGGCUGGCAGUCCCCAGGCCCCGCCUCCUGCUGCCACGCUCAGGAAAUAGCGCAGCCUGCCCUUCACUCCCCCGCCUUCCCCCCAACCCGGGCUCUGCCAUCCCCACACAGGGUGGGCCCAGCUGUUUCUAGCUCACGGAGAGUUCUACAAGGGAGGCCACCCUGAGGUACCAGAGUGUUUCAAGCGCAGGUGUGGGGCAGACCCACGGCCGGACCCUGAGCCCCACACGGGCAGCGUCACGCACUCUGCCCACCGCAGCCAGCCAGAGCCCCUCUGUGGUGGCAGGAGCCCCUGCCUGCCACUGCGGUCAAUGCCCGGGGGAUGGAGAGUUUCUGCGGUUGCACUGAGGAGGCCCCUUACCCUCUAGCGGGCAUGAACUCCAGAUGGUCCAGCUCCAGGGCGGGGAGGAUGCCCCCACCUGCCCACCCCCCCAGGAAUACCGCACACACGUGCAGAGCCCAUGAGCUCAGACUUCACGUCUGUUGCACUGGAAUUCCCCCAGGGCCAACUCUGAGCUGUCCCUGAGGGUGGAGGUGGAGCCCAGGCACCCGCAGUCUGCAGGGCAGCCCCGGCCUGCAAAGGGACGCCUUGGUGCCUCUAGGCCCAGCCUCGGUGAAGGCCACCACUUGAAGGCUAGGGCCAGCUGUCCUUCUGGGGAGAGGGCGGGGGACGGGGGCCCUCCGCCUUUCCCUUCUCUAAUCCUUUCAACAUACAGCCGUCAAGGGAGCUGGGGAAGCCCUGUCCCACCCCAGACACCACCUACUGCUCCUCCGGGGACCGGAGGGGCCUGGUGAGGCAGGCGAGGGCACGGGCCCAGAAGGGAGGAGGGGGCUGCUGGCCUCGCUGCCACUGGACGCAGUCUCUGUGUCUCUGCCCUCCCAAAGGCAGGCUCUGGGGUGGCCGCCUCAGGAGGAGGAAGGAGGGGCUCUGACACUGGCCCAGUGACAUCAGUUGGUCUCACCUCUGAGCCUCGAGGAAACUUAAUCCCACUUUGUACCUGAGGAAACGGGCUCAGAGAGGUUGAGUAACUUGGGCAACGUCAUACAGUCGAUGAGUGGCAAAGCUGUGAUUCGCACUCACGCCCAGAUGAGUCCAGGGCCAGCUCUUCCUCAAGCGUGACUUCCCUCUCCCAGGGGUCUCCUGUGGCCAUCUGCCUCCUUCCAAAGCCACGAGGCUGGUGACCUCACACCUCCUCAGAGCCAAGGCCCCACCAGAAGGGUCUGGUGGAGGUGGGGGCUUCCUCCCUCCUCUCAGCCCGUGUCCUCAGCACCAAUUUGGGGUGGGGUGUCAGGAACCCAGAGCCUGUGUUGGGAGGGGCAGAGGGCCUGAGCCGACCCCUCAAGCCUGGGACCAGGCUGAGGGUCCGGUCACUUGGGAUGACGAGGCCUCUGAGUCAUCCUAGAGCCAUGUUGGGUCCCCCGGCAUGUCACCCUGGGGCUGUUCUGCCUCCAGCACACUGGCUGGCCUCAUGCAACCACACUGAGGCCGAGGGUUUCAGCAUCCGAGAUGGUGUGUCCCUAGGGUGUGGUGCCAUCUUUGUGGGUGGUGCGUGGUCUUAGUAUCUCCUGGGAGGCUGAGCUGUGGGCGCCAUCUCCCACCUGGGCCCCAGCUCCUUCCCACAGUCCCCGCCUGUCCCAGGGGCUGGGCAGCCAGCCCUGGCAGACCCCUGUGUUCUGGGAAUGAAGGCCCCUGCCCAGCGACCCUUGGCCACAAACACCUGUGGUCAGAGGCCUGGCAGGUGGAGGUGAGCAGGCAUCCUUGCAGGCCAGGCUGGAGGAGAGUGGACAGGGCAGGGGGCAUGCAGGGUCUGCUGCAGCGGGGUCCCUCCUCGCCCUCCAGAAACCUCGGGCCCCUCACCCCAGCCAGGGCCAGGGCCCCAAGCCUGGCGCGAGGAACCGGGGCAGGAAAGCUUCCCACCGGGGAAAGACGCCGGUGCCUGCAGCCAAAGGCUUCCCCUUCCAGGACCAGAGCAGGUGUGACUGCCCCCAGCUGGGUCCCUCCCCACCGCCACGUCCCACGCCCAGCCUGUUAUAAAUAGGAGGCUGCCUGGCCAGCAUUGGGCCACGGCCUGCUUUGUCACCUGCUAGAACCGCCACCAGCACCGCCACUGUCGCAGCCACCCAGCACGGGAGGUUGGAGGCACCCACACAGUGAGGCUCCAGCCUCAAGGUCCCAGGGGUGCCCGAGGUGGCCUGUGACCGGGGCAGUUGGGGCAGGCCACCUCUCCGGGUCUCCCCUGCCUGAAGCGGAGGGGCCACGUCCCACGUGAGAGGGCAGGGGCUCCUGUCCACACCUUCAUCACGCCACCCCCACUGACAGAGGGCUUGCUGUGUGUGAGAGGAGUGUGUGUUCGUGCAAGUGUGUGUGUGUGCGUGUGCUGCGUGAAGGGGCCAUGCACCCCUGUUCCUGCUGCAGCUGAGGCGUCAGGGACCAGCGGUGCCCACACUCACCCCAGCGCAUCCGCCCCAGUGUCAGGACCCCGCUCCCCGUCUCAGGAAACCCUGGAGGUGCCUGGGUCUCCAGAGCCACCCUCCUCCUGCCCCGCCAGCUCCAGCUGGGGUGGGAGGCGGCCAGUACGGAGUCCCAUAGAACCUUCUGGAGCCCCUUUUGCCUCGCCAGUAUCACAGGGCUGAGGGUCCUGCCUUCCCUGUGAGGGCUCAGUGUGAUCACGGGACACACGUGUGGGCAGCGCUCUGUCCCGUGUGGGACCCGCCAUCAGCACCCCGUGCUGGCAUGUGCCCCUGGCCAGGCCACCUCCACAAACCCGAGGCCUGGGCCCCACACAGCUGGCAGGCGCUAGGGUGCCUGCACGUACCAGCUGAAUGCACCAGGCCCUUCCUCUGGCUCAGCGCCCUCCCCAAGCGCCAGCCCAGGCCCCAUUGGCUGGAGGGCCAGAACCCAGGGGGCUGCACCCCAAGUGUGAGAGGCCUAACAAUUCAGACCAAGAUGGGGACAUUGUGGGAAGUCCGCAGUAGGCCCGGGCAGUGACUCAGUGCGUGUCCUGGACCGGCAGGCCUGACCUGGUCAGGGCUCCACGGCCCUGCGCACUGGGGGACCUGGGUCCUGGGACGCUGGAGCCUCCGGGUGGGAAUGGGGGCCAGGCAGGCCUCGGGCCCACCUCCUUGCGGCCCUCAGAUCCCCACCACGUCUGGCCCAUCAGCCUGCUGCCUACUUUUCCGGAAGCCCGAGGCCCACGAAUGGACCAUCCCUGGGGACUCAGCUCGGUGGACGACGCCCCACCCCAGGCCAGCAGCGCCCACCAGUCUACAGGUCUGACCCCUGGCCCAGAUGUGGCCAGACCUGCCUGGCUCCAUCGGCCCCAGUCAAAGUGGCCAUGCUGGCCGCUGAGGGUUGGUGGAGGCCGUUGAGGCCCAGAGUCCCGUCAAUCCUCAGCACUGGGCUCUAGGCCCACCCUGAGCAGGUCACCUGGCUGCCCCUCACCAGAGGCCCCUGGCCCACUUGGCAGAUGGCAGCAGAGACCCACCCAGCCUCGAGCCUGCCUGCAGACAAGGCCAGGCGUGGCCUGAACACCAUGUCCCCUGCUGUCCCUGCCCCACCGCCCAGGCUCGGCUCUGGCCAUGACAAGACACACCCGCGGAGGCCGCCUGGUUCCCUGCCGGUCAUCACAGGGGAGGGCCGCAGCGUCGGUCCCAAGUAUGGACCAGCUUCUGAUGGAGCCUCUCUUGGGCAUCAGCAGGCCGAGCUGGGCCACUGGAGGCUGAGGGACGCGACGGUCCCGGGAGUUCCCAGGGACAGAGAAUGGAAGUCGAUGGCAUGGCCCCGGGUGGGGACACCUGGGUGGGGUCAGACCGGACGGUGGGCUGGGACCCCACUGAGGCUCGCUUCUGGGAUUCAGGUUGGAGCCGUGGCCCAAGCAGCUGGUGGGGGGCCGGGGACCCGAACGUGCCCCCAGCUGCUGCCGUCGCCACCACCGCCCCCGCCCGAGGAGGGGCGUGGGGAGAGGCUGGUGGAGCUGCGCGCCUCGUUGAGGGAGCUGGUCGCCACCUUCCGCACCAACAGCACCAUCCACAGCGCCAUCCGCCUUGUGUGCUCCAGCCAGAACUGCCUCAAGACUGCGUCCUGGGGGCUGCGGCUCGCGCGGGCCCUGGGCGUGCUCUGCUGGCAGCUCGGACUCCUCUUCGGGCAGUACUGGCUCUACCCGGUCAUCACGACGGUGUCUGUAUACUCGGAGCGCAGCGCACGCAAGCUCUUCCUGUCGGUCACCCUGUGCGACAUGAACCCGCACCGGCCACACCCAGCCCGCGGCCCCCUGCGGGCGCUGGGCAACUUUGCCCGGCAGAACAUCUACUCCCUGUGUGGGUUCAACUUCAGCGACAGCGUGGACGCCCCGGGGGCCGAGUGUAACAGCACCAGUGGCGACUGCACCCAACAGGCCUACUCCUCCGGCGUGGUGGCCACCCGGGAGUGGUACCACUUGCACCGCGUGAACGUUCUGGGCCUGCUGCCCACGAGGACGGCCACCACAGCCGCGGCAGACACUGUCUUCUCCUGCCGCUACGACGGCCAGGACCGCCAGGCCCAAGAUAAGGCAGCUGUGGUCCCCUCCCUGCAACCCCGGGGCUGCACACAACAGGGUGAUGGGUCAGGGGUAUGUGCGGGUCUGAGCGUGGCCCCUGGUUCCAGACACUUCCAGACCUCGCACCACCCCAGCUAUGGCAGCUGCUACACCUUCAACGGUGUCUGGGCCGCGCAGCACCCCGACAUCGCCCACACUGAGUGCCAGCCUGGGCUGGGUGUGGGCGGGGUGUCCAGGCCGGCCUGGCCUCACCCCCGGCCUCCCCCAGGGGUCAGCCUGGCCUUCGGGGCGAAGCAGCGGGAUCACCUUCUGCUGCCCACGGAGGCCGGCAUCAAAGUCGUGAUCCACACGCGUGACCACACGCCCUUCCUGGAGCGCCGGGGGGCUUCAGCACGGCCAGGGACUGAGACCACCUCCGAGAGCUGGGCCGCCCAGCCUCAAGGCUCCUGGCCUCCGUGCCCAAACCUGGGGCCUCGGGAGCUCCAGGGCAGGGCGGCAGAACUGAACUGCACCCCCUCCCCCCAGGACAAGGGGCACCGGCUCGGGAGCCCCUGUGGGCACUGCACAGACAGCACGGGGGGCGUGGACGUGCAGCUGCUGUACACCGCCUCCUGCACCAGGCAGGCCUGCCUGGUCUCCUGCUUCUGGCCGCUGAUGGUGGAGACCCGCUCCUGCGGCUGCUUCUUCUAACCCCUGCCUACGGGGCCCGAGCACUGCAACAACGUGCGGCACCCGGCCUGGGGUCACUGCUUCCGCCGCCUCUGCAAGGACCUGGAGACCCACCGGCUUCCCUGCGCCUCCCGCUGCCCCCGGCCUUGCAGGGGAGUGGGGAGUGCCGGGGUGGGGUCCGCCCAGAGGCACCUCGCAGGGAUGAGCUCAACUACCGCACUGUGGACGAGGACACCCGUCUACUCGGGCGAGCCACCGGGCCGAGCGGCGGGGGUGGGGCAGGGCUGGCGCCCGGGGCGCGCCGCUCACCGCCCGCAACACCCAUAUGUGCCGCAGCUGCUUUCAGCCACGGGCAGCCUCUGGAGCCUGCGGUUCGGCUCUUGUGUCCUCUCAGUCGUGGAGAUGCUGGAGCUGCUGCUGGAUGCCGCGGCCCUCGCCCUGCUGCUGUGCUGCCGCCAGCUCCGUGGGGCUCGGGGCCAGCCCAGGGCAGCCACGGGGAUGCCCGCUCCGAGCCAGAGGCCGGCUGGUGGCCGGGUAGCUGCAGGCAUGACAUCGAACGCCCGGGGGCCCAGCUCCACCUCCCAUGAUGUUGCAGGGGCUCCGGCAGGGGUCUUGGCUGGAGGUCAGCCCGGUGUGGGCCCCGGAAACUCCUGACACCUGAACCAGCCUGCGAGUGGCCUGACCCUGGGAGCUGUGGCGGCAGUGGGCUCUCCCACUGUAGUGGCGGCAGUGGGCUCUCCCCAGGGCUGGCCAGUCCCGCCCCACAGGGCCCCCCCCCCCCGCC